UAUUUUUAUUGGAAAACAAAUAUUCCAAAUACCUUUGCAAUUAAGGCAUCUCAAGAACUAUUUCCUGAUAUAGAUGAAUUACUUACUCGCUUUCUGUCACCUACUGUUUUAAAAAUUCAACAAGAUGAAAUAAAAAAAGCCUUAAUAUAUCAAGCUACUAAAGUUGAUAAUAAUGAAAUUCUACAAUGGAAUGAG